UAACCGCGUACGGUGUGUUCUCGCGAGACUUGGCGGACAGCGCCCCCUUGCUUGUGUGUGGGAAAGCGACGGAAGGUAUGAGGAGCACUGCGAGGCUAACGAUAACAAGGUACACGAAGCAGCUUUUAAUUCCGUUUGACUCUUCGGUGGCGCGUUGGAAGUGUUUCACCAGCUGCAGGAGGACGUAGUUUGGACCGAACGCUCGCUUUCUCUGGAUUAUUCCCGCCGUGGGGAGCUGCUGCAGCGACAGAGCCCCGCUAAUCCCAGGACGUGGACAGCGGCCUGCUUUUGUAGCCGGCUUCCCGGUGCUCCUCGGGCGGCCAGCGUCGUCACCAGAGUCCGGUGCUGCGGCUGGUUUGUUUUUCUACCCGGACAGACGCGUCGGAGCUGCCGAAUAAGUCUUGCUUCAACACCUGCGGGUUCUCCCGAACCGGGUCAGACCCUGCUCGUCGUGCAGCCGCCGCUAGUCGACGUUUUCACCUUUUUUGGACGGGGCGUCCUGUUUUGUUUUCGAGCGGCCAUGAAUCUCCACGAACAAUAACACAGCGUCUGCGCCUGCUGGGGCUGCACCGCCGAGCAGAACCGGUGCCACGGCCACUCUGUGGGAGACCGAACGCAGUGUGUGGCACCGAGUCUGGAGCGGCGUGAACCCAGAAGACGGGCAUGCAUGUGGACUGUGGAGCACCGAGGGUGAACCAGUGCAACCCGGAGCACUUUGUCACGAAAGCCCCCGUUUGAACAGCGCGAGCCUCUGGCGGAGGAAGGAGCGCACGAUGCUUUGUCUGCUCACGACUAACGGACCGUGUGGGAACGAAUCGAACCGACUCGGCUGAACGGACGCUUUACGCAUGAUCGGCCUCCCAGUGGGUGCUCUUAUAAUCUCCCCCUUGUGAGGCGCUUUUACUUUGGGACGGGGACGCGCCGAGGAUGGAUUGGAUGUGACUGGGGAUGAGGCACCUCGUUUGCAGCGUGCGCAGACCGCUGCGUGUUGGGGAUUUACCGACGGGGAUCUAAGGCUCUUAGACCCAUCUAUGCUCUCUUCAAAGCCGCCAGACUCCCUUGACACAAACAGUGAUUUUAUCUCACCGAACACAGGAGUCGCCGGCCCGCCCCCGUCGCUUGGUGUGUUUGUUACCGUGUGACUUUUGACGUAUUAUUACACCGUAGCGCACCGGAGUGGAGCCCCGGGCCAGGCAGCUGAGAUGAACCCGGUGAAUGCGACGUCUCUGUACGUGUCCGCGAGCCGUUCGGUGCUGCAGUGCGACCCCCGAGACCCCCGGGCCCUGGCGGAGCUCUGCAAGCUGCUGCCGUUUUUCCGCCAGUCCCUGUCCUGCUUGGUGUGCGGUAACCUGCUGCAGGACCCCAUCGCUCCCACCGACUCAUCAUGUCAGCACUACGUCUGUCGAGGCUGUAAGGGGCAGAGGAUGCAGCUGAAGCCAUCCUGUAGUUGGUGUAAAGACUAUUCCCGCUUUGAGGAAAACAGGCAGCUGUCUUUGCUGGUGCACUGUUACAGGGAGCUCUGUCUCUACAUCACUCAGUCGCCGCUUGCCCCUCACAUAGCCAGCGCUGCCAGUGACUCACCUGAACUCCAGGCCAUCCUCAACGAGGGUCUCACAUUGGCUGAGAGUCAGCAGGAGGCGGAGGACGUUUCCGAUGCGGCCACCACCUCCAGCGUGGGCCAGCACAGCGAAGCUCCUCCAACAAAGGAGCUGAAACGAGAAGAGCCGAGUCCCGUGAGCAUUAAUGGGCUGCACGACUGUAACGGCCUGCUCAGCUCAGACACCCUGCAGCCCCUCACCAUGGAAAGAGGUGGAGGGGUAGCGAAGCAGGAGAGCUUCUCUGAGGAGAUCCCAGUGUGUGUGAGUGUCACAGGGAGCGGGGAGGCCAGCCUCUGUGACAUCAGCACUUUCGGGGAUGACCUGAAACACGGUGGGGGACCGUUGCUGUUGAGUGUAGAGGAAGUUCUCAGAACUUUGGAGAUGGACACUGACCCUGACCCCAUCUCAGACACCAGCCCCCAGCCAGGCUGCCCCUCCUCUGUACCUCAGUCCAGCCUCAAUGGGCCGCACUGCCCCAACUCCUCUCGCCUCAUUCCCUCCCUCACCUCGGAGAACUGUUCCCGUCCCCUCCAACCUCAUUCACAGCCCUCGCUGCAACUUCCCCCUCAACCCUCCACAGUCGUCCCUCGCGACCCCCCACGGUGCCACCGCAAGCGCUCUCGCUCUGAAAGUGACAGCGAGAAGGUGCAGCCCCUUCCUAUCUCCAGCCUGCUGCGAGGGCCUCCCCUCUGUGCCAACAGCUCCCCCCACCAUCCCAACCCUGGUGCCACCACCAAACAGGAGCAUAAGUUCCCUGCAGCCAUGCCCCACCCCCACCUGCCUCCGGUGCCCAACGGCGGCGCCUCUAACAAGGUGGGCAAGACUGUGCUUGUCUCCAGCAAGCCCCUGAAAAAGACUGUGGAGCACCACGGGCCCACUAAGAAGGCUUGUACCAAGGCCAGGCAAGGGGCCCCCAAGCCCCGUGCACAGCCUCGAGACCGGGUCCCCCCUCACCCUCAUACGCACCCUCUAACGCACCCACCCAGCCCCUCAAAGCCGCUGUACAAGAAGCCUGUGGAAAAGAAGGGCUGCAAGUGUGGCCGAGCCACGCAGAACCCAUCGGUGCUGACCUGUAGAGGGCAGCGCUGCCCCUGCUACUCCAACCGCAAGGCCUGCUUGGACUGCAUCUGCCGCGGCUGCCAGAACUCCUACAUGGCAAACGGGGAGAAGAAGCUGGAGGCCUUUGCGGUGCCAGAGAAAGCUCUGGAGCAGACCAGACUCACGCUUGGCAUCAACCUCACCAGUAUCACCGCGGCGGCGCUGCGCAGCCCUGCCACCAGUUCCCCCGGCAACGCCCUCCUCAACGUCACCACGGCCACCGGGCCCCCCGUCACGGCCGCCUUCCUGUCCGGGGCGGGGCAUGACAACAGGGGCUUUGACGAUUCACUGGAGAUGCGGUUUGACUGCUGAGGCACCGCCUCUCCGCUGGUCGUCAUCGCGCACAUUCCCCGCCCGCCAGCUGGGCGUCAUCCAUCGGGUCGUGCCAGGGACCUGGAGCGGCGGCACCAGAACAAGGCAGCUACAGUGACAGGCAGGAGUGAGGGUCAGCAGCUGAAGCUGAGGGUUCGCCCAGGACUGCAUCGUGCAUUUAGAUGCAGCGUGGAGGAGAAGACGGGAGAGAUGUAGCGUUACUGUAUGUGCAGAGGUUUCAUUUCAGGGGGGAUAGUUUCUCUUUGCUUUCUUUUUACUAUGGGUAACGUGUAGAGCAUGUUGGUGUAGCUAAGGAGCGUCGGCCCGUCACGCCUCCGUGUGGAUGUGUGAGUGCGUGUACGUGUACGUGCGUGUGCAUGUGAGUGAGAGUGUGAGGGGAGGGUUUGGUUUGAGAUGAACCCCGUUAGCAGGAGCAGAGACAUCAUCAUCCUCACGACUGGUGUAAUUUAUAUGAACUUUUUGUACAUGGACUGACCAGUUUCCAUCGAAGAAGACGUCUAUGACAUAUUUUUAAGUUUUAAGCGGUGGAGCCGGUGCAGACCUGCGCUCAGCCAGAGGGUGUUCACACAGACCCCACACACAAAAUGUGACCCGAGCAUCACCCACAAACAUAACGGCCGCUGGGUGUUUAACGGUCCGGGUGAAGCUGGUGAAUUGAAGCAGCCUUUUUACUGAGCGUUCUCUUACUGGCCUCGCUCUCAAAGCGUCGCCGUCCUGUUCUGACCCGUGAUGACAGCUCUGGCUGACUGCAGGCCUUGCUCACCGACCUUCACGCCUUUUGGUUUCUGGAAGCUAAACACAUGCUGCUAAAACCCACAGAGGACUCAAGAAGAGCACACUUGUUUUCCUCAUCCUUCCCCUUGUGUUUUAAGUUGCAUUAACAACAUUUGCAGUAUUUAUUGGUCGUCUCCUAACUGGCUACGUGUUGGGCCUCGGUUCUGCUCGCUCACUGCCUGUCGAGUCUGUCGGUCCGGUCAGGACUGUUUUUGUCUCGGUUAAGUUGCUGUCUCCUUCUUAGUGUUAAGUUUCUGGUGUUUGUCUCUCUCUGGGCAUUUAAAUAACUGUAAGAUAACUGUAACAUAUUUCCACAAAAAGAAAGAAAAUCCAAAACUUACAA